GCGUCGCCAAACCAAAAUCCCCAAAUCCAAUUCAUGUAUAAAUCCCUAAAUCCUUUCUUCCCAAUUCCAAUUCAGUUCAUGCAAUUUUCACUUUCUCCCAUUUUCCGAUCUCCCGCCAUUAUUUCCCCCACAUUCUUCUUCUUCUCCUCCGCCGUCUCCUCCGCCAUGUCCACUUCCGAUCACUCUCCCCCUGCCUUCGACCGACCUCGUUCCGUCAUCAAGAAGAUUCUCGCUAAACUCCAACACGAAGGCGACGGCGCCGUCGUUCGUCGAGGCAUCGGAAGGAAUGAUUUGAAGAAUCUAGAUCCAUUUCUUAUGCUCGAUGAUUUCUCUGUCAGUCCGCCGGCUGGAUUCCCCGAUCAUCCUCACCGAGGUUUUGAGACAGUGACGUAUAUGUUACAGGGAGGGAUUACCCAUCAAGAUUUUGCUGGCCACAAGGGUACAAUCAGAACAGGGGAUGUCCAGUGGAUGACAGCAGGAAGAGGUAUAAUUCAUUCAGAAAUGCCUGCUGGUGAAGGAUCUCAAAAGGGUUUGCAGCUAUGGAUCAAUCUUGCAUCCCAUGACAAAAUGAUGGAGCCAAGGUAUCAGGAGAUCUCAAGCGAUAACAUUCCGAGAGCGGAGAAAGACGGUGUGGAAGUUCGUGUCAUAGCAGGAGAGUCCAUGGGAGUUCAUUCUCCAAUCUACACUAGAACUCCAACUAUGUACCUUGACUUCACUUUGAGACCAAGAGCUCAAGUGCAUCAAAGCAUCCCGGACACAUGGACGUCUUUUGUGUACAUAAUCGAGGGAGAAGGGGUGUUUGGGUCCCCGAACUCGUCGCGGGUGGCAGCUCACCAUGUACUAGUACUGGGAGGUGGAGAUGGGGUAAGUGUGUGGAACAGAUCUUCAAAGCCAUUGAGGUUUGUUUUGAUUGCAGGGAAGCCAUUGAAUGAACCAAUAGUUCAAUAUGGACCAUUUGUUAUGAACUCACAAUCUGAAAUUGACAAGGCAAUUGAGGACUAUCAUUAUGCCAAAAAUGGGUUUGAAAUGGCAAAGUAUUGGAGAUCUCAGUGAUUGAAAAAGCAAAUAAAUGAAUAAAAUGGUCAAUGUCUCAAUCCAAAUAGAGCAACAAAAGUAGUAGCUGAAAAGGAAGAUAUUUUACAUUUUAAGAAAAUGAAAGCUUCUAGAAGACCCAAACAUGGUUAUCAUUCAAGUUAUGAUGAGGAUGGAGUUGGGGUCAGCUUAUCUUUGUCAAAAUUUAUGUUUUUAAUUAUUUUAUUUUUAUUUUUCUUGCUGGUAAAUGGCUGUAAUAGUUUUAUUUUUUCUUUUAGUUAUAAAAUUUUAUCAUUUCUUUUGUUUGCUCAA